GUCUGGGAGUGUGUAUUUCUCACAGUUUCCAAAUUGCUGUCUUCGCAAGCACUACGAAAAUUUUUUGUUCGAUCUUUUUUUCUUCUAAAUUUCUAAAAAGAAAAUUUUUUCAAAUUCUCUCUUGAAUUCUUGUUGUUGAAACAAAUUUUUGACGAAAUUUCACAAAAGUGUUUUUUGGCUCGAAGCAAAGUGCAAAAUUCCCGAAAUGCCGGCUCGCGUGAAACAGUUCUCAUCGAUGUGCACUUCGAUGAAGCCGGUCCUCACUCUGUGCCUGCGCUCGUACAGUGGCUACUCGCCGUUGCACAAUGCGGCGAUUAAUCGGGCGAUGAUGAAUUUCGGCUGCGGCAGCCGGCAGUGGCCCGAGAGGGAGGACUGGUUCGCUGCCAGGCAGUUAAUGCUGCAGAACCAGAUCCAGAACCAGAACCAGAACCGCUACUGGAGCCACAGCAGUGGAAGACAGGGACUGGACCAGACCAGGAGCCGGCGACGUCGAUCCCAGGAUCUGAGCGCGCACACCAUUGGCGAUCUGGACACCGAAGUCGCAGCUCACAAGCGGGAGCAGCACAGGCAGGCCUCGGACGGGAUGGAGUCCACCCCGGAAGAUGAGCGGCGAUAUUACCCGGACCAGGACCGGAAGGCACAGGCCCUGGUGGAGGAGAGCUACGAAAUGCAGGCCCCCUAUGACGAUCAGCGGGUGGGCACUGUCCGCGAGGUCAUCUUUCGCCAGCAACAGGACGACAAGGAUGACGAGGAUGAGCUGGAGCGUAGACGAAACAGCGAGGAGCUCCGGCGACAAGUGUCCGCCCAGCGAAACGAAUACAACACACCGCGGGGCGGCGGCAUCUCCCGCAAGGUCAUUAGUCCCUAUCCAUCAUACACCUCGCACCGCACCCGAUGGGCGGAGUUUCGUCAUGCUAUGAUCUACGGGCGAACGGCCUUCUAAGCUCUGGGCCUCGGCCUCUCUCUCUUCGAUGCCAUACUCCUUCGGAAACAUUUCGAGCAGACUUUUACCAAAUAUAUAAUUAAUACGAACGAGUAA